AUGAGGUUUCCUCAAUGGCAACAAGCAGUUCAUAACAAACUUGAUGCACUGGUGAGGAAUCAAACGUGGAGCUUAGUUUCCCUACCACCAAACCGAUAUGCUGUGGGAUGCAAAUGGUUUUUCAAGUUGAAGAAACAAGCUGAUGGUACUGUGGAUCGCUUCAAAGCCCGACUGGUUGCCAAGGGAUAUGCUCAAAAAAUCGGCUUCGAUUUUCAUGACACUUUCAGUCCGGAAUUGAGGAAAGUGGAUGUGGACAAUGCCUUCUUCAAUGGAGAUCUUGUUGAGGAAGUGUUUAUGCAACAACCCCCGGGUUUUGAGCAGCGAAAUGACGAAGGUCAACCCCUAGUUUGCAAACUAUGA